AAUCUGACAGUCAAAUUACACACCUUAGUUAUACCCGAAAACCCUAAAUCAUACUUAUAUUCGAGCAACUCGAAAGUUAUAGGGUUUAGGUUUGCAGCUUAAAAUCAACACACCAACAAUUGUUACAAUGGCUUCAAAUGGAAUUCCCCCUUCUGGCCUCGAUAAAGAUCAGGCAGAUAUUUGGAAUGGCUGAAAAAGAGAUGGAAUAUAGGGUCGAAUUGUUCAACAAGAUGACCCAGGCAUGUUUCAAUAAAUGUGUUGACAAUAGGUACAAGGAGUCAGAGCUAAAUAUGGGUGAAAAUAGUUGCAUUGACCGCUGUGUUUCCAAAUAUUGGCAUGUGACUAAUCUAAUUGGUCAGCUGCUUGGUACUGGGAAGCCUCCAAUGUGAUCCAAGUAUAUUAUAUCAGAUGUUCUAUUUUGCGGUUUGAUCUGUCUGGCUAUGACUACAAUAUUAGUAGUUGCAUAUGACUACAAUAUUAGUAGUUGCAGUCUGAGGAAGCUUAAUUUUAGUAUAUUUUGCAAGGUCUUUAGUUUUUCCCAUGACUAUUAUCAGAUCAAUUUAUUUUAUUAAGAGGGUUAAUACCUGUUGUGAACUUUGAGGUAGCUCACAGAAAACUCUAGAAUAAUAAUUUACUUGUUUUAAUUAAGUUCAUUCUUCCAUUCUAAUUUUGAGUCUUUACUGUUUACCUUCAGUUUAUUGUGAUAUUCUGGAAAAUUUGUUUGGACUA